GCCGCCCGCGGAGCGACAGCCGAGCCCCCCUCGAGCCGAGCCGGGCCGGCGCGCCAGGUGCCUGCAGCCAUGCUGGCUGGCCGCGCUGCGCGCACCUGUGCGCUACUCGUCCUCUGCCUCCUGGGCACUGGGGCCCAGGAUUUCGGGCCGACGCGCUUCAUCUGCACCUCGGUGCCCGUGGACGCUGACAUGUGCGCCGCGUCCGGGGCCGCUAGCGGCGCGGAGGAGCUCCGGAGCAACGUGCUGCAGCUCCGCGAGACCGUGCUGCAGCAGAAGGAGACCAUCCUCAGCCAGAAGGAGACUAUCCGCGAGCUGACCACCAAGCUGGGCCGCUGUGAAAGUCAGAGUACGCUGGACGCGGGUCCCGGCGAGGCUAGGACGGGCGGCGGCCGCAAGCAGCUCGGCUCCGGCAAGAACACCAUGGGCGACCUGUCCCGGACGCCGGCCGCGGAGACGCUCAGCCAACUCGGGCAAACUUUGCAGUCGCUCAAAACCCGCCUGGAGAACCUGGAGCAGUACAGCCGCCUCAAUUCUUCCAGCCAGACCAACAGCCUCAAGGAUCUGCUGCAGAGCAAGAUCGAUGACUUGGAGCGGCAGGUGCUGUCUCGGGUGAACACGUUGGAGGAGGGCAAGGGGGCCCCCAAGAACGACACGGAGGAGAGGAUCAAGAUCGAGAGCGCCCUGACCUCCCUGCACCAGCGUAUCAGCGAGCUGGAGAAAGGUCAGAAAGACAACCGCCCAGGAGACAAGUUUCAGCUCACCUUCCCGCUGCGAACCAACUACAUGUACGCCAAGGUGCGGAAGAGCCUGCCUGAGAUGUACGCCUUCACGGUGUGCAUGUGGCUCAAGUCCAGCGCAGCACCCGGCGUGGGCACGCCCUUCUCUUAUGCCGUGCCCGGCCAGGCCAACGAGCUGGUCCUCAUCGAGUGGGGCAACAACCCCAUGGAGAUCCUCAUCAACGACAAGGUGGCCAAGCUGCCCUUUGUGAUCAAUGACGGGAAGUGGCACCACAUCUGUGUCACCUGGACCACCAGGGAUGGGGUCUGGGAAGCCUACCAGGAUGGCACCCAGGGUGGCAACGGAGAGAACCUGGCUCCCUACCACCCCAUCAAGCCGCAGGGUGUGCUGGUGCUGGGCCAGGAACAGGACACUUUGGGUGGUGGAUUUGAUGCCACCCAAGCGUUUGUGGGCGAGCUGGCCCAUUUCAACGUCUGGGACCGCAAGCUGACCCCAGGGGAAGUGUACAACCUGGCCACCUGCAGCGCCAAGGCCCUCUCCGGCAAUGUGAUUGCCUGGGCAGAGUCUCAAAUCGAGAUCUACGGCGGAGCCACCAAGUGGACAUUCGAGGCCUGUCGCCAGAUCAACUGACCGCUUCCGGCCAGGGCUGAGCCCCAGGUCCCAUGCCCGCCCACCCUGCUUGUGCGGUGAUGAUCCAUCGUCUCUUCUUUCCCUCCCCCAGGAAUGAUCAAGGCCAUGGCCCCUGCACACGCACAUGCACACACAGCCUGGUGUUGUCCUCCUCAUGCACACGAAGCAGUCCCGGCUCUCCUCUGUCCCUGAGGACACCCCACUUUUCCCUAGGAGCCCCAACUGUUUCCCAGGCCUGCCCUGACCACAGCUGAGCAAGCAGGUAGCAGCGACGUUCUGAACUGUGCAGGUGUAGGUGAGAGAGUGUGUGCGUGCGUGCAUCCACGUGCAUGUGUGUACCUGGAUGUGUGGCUGGGGCAAGCUUUUCUUUUAGAAUGAGAUAAUUUCAUCCCCCGCCCCCAUGGCUUUGGGAAAUCUCAGAACGGGUCAGAAGUCUGUUUGCCAACUUCAGCAUCUGCCCAUGUACAGCUCCUGCAGCACAGCAUUUGUCUUUCUUUGCAAACCUCUUGCAGAGCCACGUGGCUCUGUUGACAACCUAAAUGUCUUUUUGUGGUUUGCUAAGGUUAAGUGGCCCUUUCCACGGAGGAUUGUUAUUUGGCAUUAGGAAUGCAUGCUCUGAAGGUUGAGGCCAGCUGUCCUGGGACACGGCGCCUGCUAGCUUCCACACCUCUGCUGCAGCAGAGGCAGCCUGGGCCUGGGGAUGCCUGCAGACCUCCUCAGUGGCUCCCUUGUCUUCUCACCUCGGCACCCUUCGAGCUUGGGACCUGUCACACCCUUUGAGCCACCGGGGCUGCCUCUGGCAGUGGGAGAUCAGAGGCUUCCAGGAGGGGUCUCCUGCUGAGGGACCCAUGUGCUGACUGAGACCCAGCCCCAGGGCCACAGGCAACGUCAGCCAACCACUCCAGGGAAGGACUCCCCAUGGGACUUUUGACAGCCAUAUUCCCCCUUCCUUCCCCAGACCCCGGUGGCCAGGGCUUGGAGAUGCCUCCUGUGGCUCAUGGGCCUCUGGCUUGCAGCAGCCGCCACCCGGCCACGGGCCCCUGACACUGACUUGUGUCCAGCAUCUUUGACUUAUUUUUCCCCCAUGAAAAGCAGCAUGAAUAUUUCCUUCUAGUCUUUCUGAAGAGGGGAGGAAAAACUGUUCAUGUGUGUGUGCGUGUGCAUGUGUGUUGAGUGAGAGAACACUCAGAGGUCGUGCCCAGGAUAAGGUGAGCCCCUGCUUUGUCCUGGAUCUGCCGGCACACUGAGGACAGCCUGGACCCUCUGCCCAGGCGUCUAACUCGGGAAAGGCUGCCAAGUCUUUCUAGAAAUGCUCUGUGCUGCCUGGCUCGUCUGCAGUGGCAGAUGCCUCUUCAGAGGCAGGUUGUGUGCCUGCUGCUCCUUCCGGGGCACCUGCCUCCUCCAGUGCAGGUCUGCGGCGUGUCAGAACCCUAAUGCAUCUGUGUGUGUGUCUGUGUCGGUGUCUGUGUCGCUGUACUCGUGGGCGUCUGCACGGUACGGUCGCUGCUCUGCAGUGCAUCACUCUUUCAGAGAGGGUGUAGAUGUGGCGCCAUGCUGCGUGUCAUUGUUCAACUGUGGCUUUUUCUUAGAUAAUUGUGCUUCCUCAGCGCCGUCGGGUUGUGGCAUCCUUGGAUCUGCAAGGACCUUCUCCGUUUGCAUGUUCCUUGCGGUGGCGUGUUCCUUGCUCCCUCGGUCCAACGUGUGUUCCCCUGCCUGCAUGGACUUUUCCAGUUCUGUGUCAUGUGCUGAGUGCCACCCAGUAUUCUGUGACCACCCAUGUAGCUACCGAAAAUGUCUGGGUAAGUAAGCCAGGGUUGUUGGAGGGGGCUGAGAGAGGCCAGUGUCCCUCUCCCCCCACCCCAAACACGCCAAGAAGCGACUCUAACAUGUAGGUUGAGAACAAGCCCCAGUGAUACCGUGGUUGGGAGAACGAGAGCUUGGAAUCACCUUUCCAGACUGGGUCGAGCCCCACCCUCACUCCAGCCACCUGGGAGCCAUUCUUGGCUGGGCCCAGAGCGCCUGUGCCCAGUGCGCUCCUGCUGGCACCUGCCACCAGCCCCUGCCCCUGCGGACACGGACCCCAGACCACCGCCGCCUCGUGGCAAGGUGGGAGCUGUCCGUUCAGGACCACAAGCCAUCCUCUGCCCUAGCUAGAGAGGGCGGAGCACACCCCAGAUGCUUAUGCCUUCGACCCUUCAGCCUCCCAGCCCCUUCCCCAUCCUUCCCCUGCCCCCUGACGCACCCACGGUGCCCGGGACAGAAGCUGACUUUUAGCUCUCGCCCUAGCCCUAACUGGAGUCUGUGCCAAGGUCCUCAGCUCCCUCACUGUGUUCAUACUUGGCACUUUGCUGGCCCGAGAAAGGCAGACGACAGAGCAGCAAAUCUAAUCCACAUAGUUCCCAUUGACUCCUUAAUCUGAUUGAUGUUCCCUCUUGCACUGAAUAAUACAUGCCUCUCUCAGGUAAGCCGUUUUAUAAAAUAAGAAGAUAAAAAAGCACUGUUGAGACAGUGUUGCUUUUGCCGAGCUGGUGUCCGACAGCUCCCUGGGGGUCUGGGGUGGGAGAGCUGCCACGGAGGGCCCCAGGGCCUGGGGGCUUCGAUCCCACUUGAAUCGUAAAGCCUUCUUGCUUUUGAUAACACAGUAUUAUUUCUCUUACUGUAGAAGACAAAGUUUAUUACCAAACAAGAGUAUUUUUAUGAAAGAAUAGGACAAACCUAUAAAUUAUCUCAACCUAUAUCUCCCUUGGAAACACUUUCAGGCUCCACCAAAACGUCGGACUGAAAGCUUGUAUUUUGGAAGAAAGAGAUACAUUUUGUAUGCUUUCUUUUCCUUUUGUAGAUUCCCAGUUUAUUUUGUAAGACCGCAAAGAUCUCUUUGUCACCAGCCCUGGGACCUGAGACCAAGGGGGUGUCUUGUGGGCAGCGAGGGCAGGGGAGAGGCUUGGCAUGAGGUCCGAAGUCCUUGCAGCAAGCUCCAGCGAGGGCCCACCUGUUCUGAAGGUGCGCUGGGGACCAGGAGGCCCGAAAGGCUGCUCUGGGUGGGCCCUUUGUCUGGGAGCAGAUCGGUGAUGGGGGAUGGGCCGAGGGUUUGGAUGUCACUUCCAACCUGGUUAGAAGCCGUGAGGAUGGAGGACUCUGUGACCUCGGCGCCACCACCGUGUGGCUGGAAGGAGUCGUGGUUUUGUCUCUUCAAACAGCACGUAAAUUUAUUCCGCCAACGACGGGAAUCUAUCGCUUCUGUGCACAGUGGGCUGAAGUACGAUUUAUUAAAAGGGAACAAGUCAUUGAGGAGAAAAAAAAGCCCAAUACUUAGAGUCCCAAUUUUGUCUUAUUUGCCAAAAAAAAAAAGCAAACCCCCUCAAGUUGAUAUUGUUACAAUGUAUAUACUGUAAAAUAUGAAAGAGAAUUGAUGUAUCUUACUUUUUCAUUAUUUGCUAACCAAAGCUGUACAUUUUUCAUAUGAUCUGCAGCCUUUUGGGUAUCAAAUGGGUCAAAACCAUGGGACCUGCCACCUCCCAUCAGCAGUUCUGGAAAUGCACUAUUUCUACUGGUAUUCUUGCUUUCUUUUUUCUUUUUUCAUUUUCUUGCUGAAAUGACAUGAAUUGUUGAGUUUAUUUUUACACAGUAAAGAGUGAAGAAAGACUGCA